CUGAGCUGCCAAAAGCUACCCCCACACUGUCGCACGCCUCAGAACACUCCGCGCACCCGCCGCCGCCGCCGCCGCCGCCAAUAAAGAUGAAAGCCAUUGGAAGCGGCGGCGAGUGGUGGUGGAACCUCCCGUCUAUCCGCCGAAAGAACGACUCGCGCCGCCGCGGCCGCCGCAACCAAGACGCUCGCGGCCGCCGCCGCGGACCCCCGCGGGAGCCCCUCUCAUCGUCGUCGGAAUCCGUCGGCCAAAGCAGUGGCUGGCCCCUCGACUUCCCAUUCAAGCAGGCCGUGACCGCCGCAUGUCUCACCCUCACCGGCGACACAAUUGCGCAGGUCCACCGCCGCAUCAUGGACAGCCGAAGCCGCGGUCCCGAAGCCGCCGACAACAAGGCUCUCAUACCAGAUCUAUUGCUGAACCAUGAUUUGCUCCGCUCGCUUCGUAUAGCUUCUUAUGGAUUCCUUCUCUAUGGGCCGGGCUCAUAUGCAUGGUAUCAGUUCCUCGAUCAGACUAUGCCCAAGCAAACAUUGGCGAGUCUGUCCACUAAGGUCGUACUGAACCAGAUUGUUCUUGGUCCUUGUGUUAUUGCUAUAAUUUUCGCCUGGAACAACUUAUGGUUAGGGAAAUUGUCAGAAUUGCCAUCUAAAUAUCAGAAUGAUGCCCUUCCCACUCUUCUCAAUGGGUUUAAAUUUUGGAUUCCAGUAUCAAUUGUUAACUUUGGGAUGAUUCCUUUGCCUGCUCGUGUUGGCUUCAUGUCCUCUUGUUCCAUUUUUUGGAACUUUUACUUGUCGACCACAAUGAACAAAUGAGUUUCUAGUUCUUAUCUUCAGAAUCAUUUAACUGCAACUGGGAAGGACCUGAAAAGGCCUAUUUCUGCAAGCUUACAGUUAUUUGUGGCUCCAUAACAAAAGAUCUGCUCGUCUCAUUGUCCAGAUUCAUGUAAUAGAAGAGAAUCUGGAGGAGUUUGUUUCGACUUACAUGUGACAUGGUGGUGUCAAGGGCAAUUCUGGCGGUGGUCUCUUCAAUUGACAGACAUUAUUACAGAAGAUACAUUAGAGGUCGAUGGAAAACAUUACAGUUUUGUCUAUGUAUGACCAUGCAACCCUAAUUUGGCAGGGAAAGUGUUGUGAUUUUGAUCAUAUGUAUGAGCUUUACUUGUAUGACGAGGACAUAUUGGUGCACGCCUCUAAAUAGUGUUGUAAGUGCAAUUUUCCAAGAGGAACAUGAAUUAUGCCUUGGAAAUUUA